AUGGGCUCUGCAUCUCCUCCGGACUCGAGUCCAACGAGGAUUGACAAAAGUGAAAACAUUAGCACCGACCAGGGUGCCCAGUCCUUAACGUUAGACAAUGCCAACGACAGAUCCGACUCUUCUGAUACUGUCAUUCGCAAAGGCCGCGGCACUUUCCGCGCCGGCUCUGACACUCAACAAGAACAAAAACCAUCCCGUCCUCCUCGGGGCCGUGACAUUGACCCAACCGCUCAACGCCAAUAUCCUUCCAAAUCGAAUGACAAAUCUAUUAAACAAGGCCACCGCAAAUCAAAAUCCGAAUCCAGACGCGGUAGCAAUGGUAUUUUUCAACCUGCAUCAGAGAGUGGUGAUUCAGCCACGGAAGCCAUUUCUGCUGACGAUAUGUCUAGGCUCAAUGCUGCUUUUGAGAGCACUUCGAUUAAUGACAAUAAUUCUUCUCUUGCUGAUAAUGUGUCGGGAGUAAGGGUGCAAGGAAAUGCUACUAUUCAGACACAGAACCUUGAAGAGUGGGAGCGGAAUGCGGAUGGUGGUGAAAGGGUCAAUACGCCUACUUCUCCGGCUGACGGUGAAGCGAAGAGGCUGGAUGGCCAGAGGAGUGAUGGUGGGAAUUAUAAUAGUAAUAGUGGUGGUAAUAACAAUACGAACAAGCCUCCGUUCAAGAAGGGGCAUAAAAAGAGCAAGAGUAGCAGGAUUGAGUUUAAUUUUGAUCCCGAUGCGUAUGAAGGGUCGACACGUAUUCUUGAUGUAUUCGGCUUCCCGGCGACUUUUAAGACACACAAUCUCCACGAGAUUUUCCACGAAUACGAGAAUAUGCGUGGAGGUUACCGCAUCAAGUGGAUGGAUGACACCCGUGCCCUUAUUAUCUUUGAACAUCCUGCUACUGCGCGAAAAGCGUACUUGGACAACGUGGCUAAUCCAUUGGCCUCUGUGAAGCCGUAUGAUGGGCCAACGGAUUUCCUCCAAAAAAAUGCCAAUAAUGCAAAUAAUGCUAUCCCCCCCCGCGCUCGCCCGCAAACAACUGAUGUGGUCGCAAGGCGAUUGGUACAUGGUGCUCUUGGUGUACGUGGUCCGAGGUCUCCCGAGCAGCGUCAAGCUGAGCGACAGUUGUUCCAGAAUGCCAGAGGUAAUUAG